AUGUUCUUCCAUCCCCGACGCAAAACGCGUCUCAUCUAUGCGGUGUGCUGCAUUCUAAUGUUCAUUUGCAUUAUUUGUAUGCUCAGCAUAACUAUCACCAAUUACCUCUCCCACAAGACCGUCUUCCGGGUUGACCAAAUUGGUCUCACUGAGGGCAUUCAACCCCCCUCCAUCACCAUUUGCUUAGAUGAGCACAGGACCUACCGAGUCCACGCCAGACGCCUGAGCAUUCCACCCUUGAGGAAUUGGAGCAUUCUCAAGGGUGUUGAUUUGCCUUGUCAGGCCAAGGGAGAGAUGACGUGGAGCUCACGACUUCACUCCGUUUCCGCCUACAUUGCCGCAGUGGCGCACUUCAAUGUGACCUUUGAUACAUCGCCUCCCGGCUCUCUCUCCCUCUCUGUCACCGAACAAGUGCCUAUUCCACCCGACGAAGUCUGCACCACAUUCAAACUCAAUCACUCCUGCCGCUCCGAGCAUGAGUUUUGGAAAAUAUGGCAAACUUUUCUGAUGUUCGGAAAAUAUAUGGGUCGCGAACGCCUAACGUGGCAGACGAAAGUGGAGGCAUGGCUUAUUGUUGCCAUGAAAAGAGGAUCAGGGGGCUACACUCCGCUAGAGGACGGCCAUGCGUGA